AUGACCGCCGUCCACCGCGUCCUUCACAUCCCCGAGCUCCUCGAACUCAUCCUCCUCAACCUCGGCACAAAAGACCUCCUCCUCAGCCAAAGAACAACCCGAGCAUUUCAAACCACAAUCCAAGGUUCCGAUCCGCCUGUUGCGCUGCACAAGAUAUUUGGAAUCCGCACCGGAACUGUGGCUUACAAAGAAGCUCGCAGGUCGAGAGCUAGCAGUGGGAGGACGAGGAGAUGCGAUAUGCUCAAAGAGUAUGCGUAUUCGAGGACGCUGUGCAAUGGCGCCAUCUCUGCCUUCUCGGACUCGUGGGAUCCUGGAAACGUGGUAGAGUCUGAAGCCUUGGUGGUGUCGAGAGGAUGGGCAGCUCAUGACGAUCGAUGGCUGAUGCGUGAUUAG